UUCACCCAGAGCUGAUAGAGUAAUGGAGGCAAACAACAUUAUCAUCAAGCCCAGGGGCUGUUCCCUCUUCCUAGGCCUUUUCCUGUUCUUUGCCUUUUCAGCUUCUUUAGCAGACGCAGAAACUCACUACCAUGACUUUGUUGUUCAACAAACGCCAGUGAAGAGGCUGUGCAGAACCCAUAACAUAAUCACAGUGAAUGGGCAGUUUCCAGGGCCAACCUUGGAAGUACGAGAUGGAGAUACUCUUGUGAUCAAAGUUGUAAACAGCGCUCGUUACAAUGUCACCCUCCACUGGCAUGGAAUUCGUCAGAUGAGGACACCAUGGGCGGAUGGACCUGAAUAUGUGACCCAGUGUCCAAUCCGACCAGGAGCCACCUACACUUACCGGUUCACAAUUGAAAACCAGGAGGGGACCUUAUGGUGGCAUGCUCACAGCAAAUGGCUUAGAGCUACUGUUUAUGGAGCUCUUGUCAUCUAUCCUAAACUGGGUUCUUCUUACCCCUUCCCACAGCCCAACCACGAGGCCCCCAUCCUCCUUGGUGAAUGGUGGGAUAGGGACCCCAUUGCUGUCCUAAGACAGGCAACUUUUACUGGAGCAGCUCCAAAUAUAUCUGAUGCAUACACCAUUAAUGGCCAACCUGGAGAUCUAUACAGAUGUUCCAGCAAAGAGACAGCAAGAUUACCACUGGACUCCGGCGAGAGGAUUCUGCUCAGAAUCAUUAACUCCGCACUCAAUCAACAACUCUUUUUCUCAGUUGCCAAUCACAAACUGACCGUUGUUGGAGCUGAUGCCGCCUACACCAAGCCUUUCACAACCACAGUCAUGAUGCUGGGGCCAGGUCAAACUACCGAUGUUUUACUCACUGCUGAUCAGCCCCCUGCCCGCUACUACAUGGCAGCACGAGCCUAUGACAGUGCCCAGAAUGCGCCAUUUGACAACACCACUACUACCGCAAUCCUUGAGUACAAAGGUGCCUGCUAUACCAAAAAAGGCCAGUCUUCAAAGCCUGUUUUCCCACGGCUGCCUGCCUACAAUGAUACUCCCACUGUGACAGCAUUCACCAGCCGAUUUAAGAGUCUUACCACGUCGAAGGUCCCCACCAAGAUUGAUGAGAGCCUGUUUUUCACGAUAGGGUUUGGGUUGUUUAACUGCCGCCCUGGCCCCCGGUGCCAAGGCCCGAAUGGAACCCGGUUCGGUGCCAGUAUGAAUAAUGUUUCCUUUGUACUACCGUCAAGCAACUCCAUACUCCAAGCUUCCUACCAAGGCAUCCCUGGUGUAUUCACCACAGACUUCCCAGCUUCCCCACCAUUACAAUUUGAUUAUACUGGAAACGUGAGCAGAGCACUGUGGCAACCUGUGAGGGGGACGAAGGUUUACAAGUUGAAGUAUGGUUCUACUGUGCAGAUUGUGUUGCAGGAUACCAGUAUCUUCUCAAUAGAGAACCACCCAAUGCAUCUCCAUGGCUACCAUUUCUAUGUUGUUGCACUAGGUUUUGGGAAUUUCAACCCAGUAACAGAUACAGCCAAGUUUAACCUCAUUGACCCGCCGGUGAGGAAUACGAUUGGAGUGCCGACUGGUGGGUGGGCCGUGAUUCGAUUUGUGGCUGAUAACCCAGGAACCUGGCUGAUGCAUUGCCACAUUGAUGCUCAUCUCACUUGGGGUUUGGCAAUGGUUUUCUUGGUUGAGAAUGGAGCUGGGGAAUUGCAGUCCAUAGAGCCACCUCCGGCUGAUCUACCACCGUGUUAAUUAAGAUCAUCAGCAGAGCAGCACCCAUUGAUCAGAUCUGCUUCCCCUGACAGCAGGGAUUGAAGUCUAGUCUUGUCUUGUCUUGUUUUCUGGCGUAAAAGCAUUUGAUUUGCCCACAUUUGGUGUCUUGUUUUUCCAUUUUCUCCAUGUAGGAAGUCCACAACUUUUUUCUUCUUUCAUCUACUCCCCGAAGAAAUUGUAACACCCAACUUAAUUCUAAUGAAUGAGUAUUAGGAUGUGUGAGCCUUGA